UAUCAUUCGUUCAGCCUCAACACCCUAGUAAUCCUAUGAUGCAUGUCUCAACCCUUGCAAGCACGUAUCGGCUUGCGAUCCUCGAGCGGGAUGGCAGACGAAAAGCCGGAUAAGCUUUUUUUCACUAGUUAUUGCAGAUUCCCAUUCCCAUAUCUAUGAAAAUCCAUUUCUUGGAUGUGGUAUUUAUGGAUUAAUUCUGUCUUAGAUGCAGCGUUGGAUGGUGAGCCAACCACCUUACUGAACCUGAUCAACAUUCUCGCCAGUUAGGGAAAGUCAACCUCCAUUCAAGACACCAUAAAGCCCGCGUGAGCAGCGGUUAGGUAGCACGUCAUCCAUCCCACCUAUUCUCACAUACCCUUCUUUUAUCUCGUCGCAUAUGAACCGUUUCGAGUGUUAAAUACCGUGCCCUCCGAGGGUUGUGGCCCUGCCGCCAUGUCACCUCGCUCUAGAAAAACGAAGGGCUUGGGAAGAGACUCGGUUGAACCGGCUAUUUCUGAUUCGCCUAGUAAUUCUGCGGUUGAUGACGAUAUCGUGGGUUUUGAGUUAUCGGACUUGAAAGCUGUGAAGUCUACACUCCCAAAACUUCCUCGACUUUCCACCAAAAUGUCUUAUCAACCACUUGCCUCCGAUGAUCCGGAUGAGCAGAAAACUUAUGGUUCUUUAGAUACAUCGCCCAGCCAGAGUCCUACGGCUCUACUUGGCGAAAGUCUUCGCAUUGAGGAUUCUGUUCCCGAUACGGAAAACCCCUUUUUAGACACAGAAACCGCAGAGUAUUGGCGGCAAGUCUAUGAAAAUUGUCAAUAUGAAUGCAGACAUGUCUUCAAUCCAAAACUCGAAUGGACAGCCAAAGAAGAAAAAGAGUUAAUUCGAAAGCUGGACUGGAAAGUGUGCUUAUGGGCGUGCGUGAUGUUCUUCGGGUUGCAAGUAGAUCGUGGAAACCUUUCGCAAGCCGUGUCCGACAACAUGCUAGAUGAUCUAGGUCUAGAUACUAAUGACUAUAAUUAUGGUCAUUCCAUCUUCCUAGUCUCUUUUCUUCUUGCUGAAUUACCAUCUCAACUCGUAUCGAAGGCUGUAGGCCCCGACCGUUGGAUUCCCAUGCAGAUGGUUUUGUGGUCAUUCGUUGCCAUUUCGCAGUGUGCUCUUACCGGUCGCGGAUCUUUCUUGGUGACUAGGAGUUUACUUGGAUUCCUUGAGGGGGGCUUCAUUCCUGACCUCGUUCUCUGGUUGUCAUACUUCUACACGUCACGGGAGCUCCCGAUACGUCUCAGUUAUUUCUGGACGACGCUUUCAGUGACUGGCAUCCUCACUUCCUUAAUGGCGUUCGCCCUGCUGCAUCUUAGGGGUUUCCUUGCAUGGGAAGGUUGGCGAUGGCUGUUUUUAGUCGAAGGAACCAUUACUCUAUCUGUGGGGAUAGCAUCAUUUUUCAUGAUGCCCGCCUCUGCAGUUCAAACGAAGACUUGGUUCCGACCGAGGGGUUGGUUCACGGAGCGAGAGGAGACAAUUGUCGUUAACCGAGUGCUUCGCGACGACCCUUCUAAAGGUGACAUGCAUAAUCGUCAAGCACUGACGCCCAAGAGGUUAUGGGAAGCUCUGAAGGAUUAUGACUUGUGGCCACUGUACGCCAUCGGCUUCUGCGCCUAUGUACCGCAAUCACCCCCGAAGACGUACCUUACACUCACUCUUCGAUCCCUCGGGUUCAGCACGUUCAAUACCAAUAUCCUGACUAUCCCAGCAGACAUAGCGCAUAUUUUCAACCUAAUCUUGCUUACGAGAUUAUCCGAGUGGUUGAACGAACGAUCGUUGGUAGCCAUUGCACAACCUCUCUGGACUUUACCAUGUAUCUUUGCUCUAAGGUUUUGGAGUGACGUGGUUGAAGAUCGAUGGGGUACCUACGGGAUUAUGAUGACCCUACUGUCCUACCCCUAUUGCCAUGCGAUUUUAGUAGGCUGGUGUUCUAAGAACUCCAAUAAUGUCGGCACACGGACUGUCUCGGCUGCGCUAUAUAAUAUGAGCGUCCAAGCAGGAAACGUGUACGCUUCUUAUAUCUACCGCGAAGACGACAAGCCAAAAUACCGACGAGGGAACACGACACUCCUGGUUAUUAACUUAAUAUCUAUCCUCGUAUUCCUGCUUACGAAGCUCUAUUACGUCUGGAGGAACAAGCAGAAGGAGCGCAUUUGGAAUGCACUAAGCGAAGAACAGCAGGUUGAAUAUAGAAAGACGACCAAGCUCCAGGGCUCGAGGAGGCUCGAUUUUAGAUUUGCACACUAGAAUGUCGAAGGAAGCCCGGGAUUUCGGGUAUAGACGAUGGUCAUGGCGCAGGAGCGUCCAGGGAUAAUGAAUUAUAGACAAUCCCCGUGCCAGUUGGCCUACACUUCAAUACGACGAACUGCUCAAACUGCUCAACAGG